GUAGUGUUAGUGAAAGCGUGUGUGUAUUGUAUUGAGAGGUGGAGUGAGUGUGAGUGGAGUAUAGGCUGUGUGUGACUGACAGACACUCUCUAUAGUGAGAGCCGUAAUGAAAGUCAUGUCUAACGCCUGAUCUCUGGCCACGUCGUCACCACUAAUACAGCGAUUGCUUCACAGAUAUUGUUUGCAAACACUUCCAACCCAUUCAUACCAUCCAUUGCCUCCACUUGUCAUCGCAUUUGACACGAGUUUUGCCGCAAAAGCAGUGAUUAGUGUUUGAUUAGACGAGUUGUACGCAUAGCUAAGCCAUGAAUAUUUUCCGACUGACGGGUGAUUUGUCACAUCUCUUAGCCAUCAUUAUAUUAGUGCUGAAGAUAUGGAAGACCAGGUCCUGCGCCGGCAUAUCCGGAAAGAGUCAGAUAUUGUUUGCAUUGGUUUACUUCACCAGAUAUUUAGACUUAUUUACAAAUUAUAUCUCUCUUUACAACUCGUUUAUGAAGAUAGUAUUCAUCGGCGCCUCGUUGGCCACCCUUUACCUAAUGUACAUGAAAUUCAAAGCCACUUACGACCGAAAUCACGACACCUUUAGAAUUGAAUUCCUCUUGAUUCCGGUCACCCUUUUAGGUCUUUUAGUCAAUCACGAGUUCACACCUCUGGAGAUUGGUGACACCGUUCUUGUUGUGCAGGUGUUGUGGACGUUCUCCAUAUAUCUGGAAUCGGUGGCCAUUUUGCCGCAACUCUUCUUAGUAUCGAAGACGGGCGAAGCCGAGACCAUAACAUCUCAUUAUCUGAUGGCUUUGGGGUCAUACCGGGCACUGUAUCUCAUUAACUGGAUUUGGCGCUACUAUUUCGAGGGCUUCUACGACCUGAUCGCCAUUGUGGCCGGAAUUGUCCAAACAGUCCUCUACUGCGACUUCUUCUACCUGUACAUCACUCGAGUCAUUCGGGGCCGCGCUCUAAGACUACCGGCCUAAGUGUAGGUGCGUUCAGAUAUUGGCAAACAAACGCCACGGCAAUACCGAUACCCCAUAACUAAUCGCACUUUAUUUCAAAUAUCUAUUAAUUGUUAUGACAAAAAUUGUUCAAAAGUGCCU